GCUCACUCCCGCCUCCGUGUCUCCGGCGCCGCCUUCAAGUGUCCGCCCGAGGUCGCGGCCCGUUCACUGCCAACGGGCUGGCCGGGAAGUCGGCGGCUCGCCAGACCCCUCCCGGCGUCGCACGCAGUAGGAGCCUCCCUAAUGGGUACGGAAUGAAGGCGGACGGCGCGGGCCCCCAGCCGGGCGGAGGCUGGGCCGAGGCAGCGCCCCUCUCGUAGCCUCCGCGCCGCCCCGCGCACGCCGCACCCAACGCGCUUCCGGCCGGGCCACGUGACCGCGUGCGCACGUGUUCCGGCCCCCGCACCGCGGCUCCCAGCCUCCUCCCGGCCCGCCCCCGGCCGCUGCCCACCUGGAGCCGGCGUAGGCCGGGCAAGAGAGCGGGGGAGACGCGGGCGCCGAGCGACGCGGAGGGGCAGGCCCGGGCGACCGGCGGCGGCCUCCGCCAUGAACCCCAGAGGCCUGUUCCAGGACUUCAACCCGAGUAAGUUCCUCAUCUACGCCUGCCUGCUGCUCUUCUCAGUGCUGCUGCCCCUCCGCCUGGACGGCAUCAUCCAGUGGAGCUACUGGGCCGUCUUCGCCCCCAUAUGGCUGUGGAAGCUCCUGGUCCUCGCGGGCGCCUCGGUGGGCGCAGGCGUUUGGGUCCGCAACCCUCGCUACCGCACCGAGGGCGAGGCCUGUGUGGAGUUCAAAGCCAUGCUGAUCGCCGUGGGCAUCCACCUGCUGCUGCUCAUGUUCGAAGUCCUGGUCUGCGACAGGGUGGAGAGGGGGACCCACUUCUGGCUGCUGGUCUUUAUGCCACUCUUCUUCGUGUCCCCUGUUUCCGUGGCCGCCUGCGUCUGGGGCUUUCAGCACGAUAGGUCGCUGGAGCUGGAGAUCCUGUGCUCGGUCAAUAUCCUGCAGUUCAUCUUCAUCGCCCUGAGGCUGGACAGGAUUAUCCACUGGCCGUGGCUGGUGGUAUUCGUGCCCCUGUGGAUCCUUAUGUCGUUCCUUUGCCUGGUCGUCCUGUAUUACAUCGUCUGGUCUCUCCUGUUCCUGCGGUCCUUGGAUGUGGUUGCCGAGCAGCGAAGAACGCACGUAACCAUGGCCAUCAGCUGGAUAACGAUUGUCGUGCCCCUGCUCACUUUUGAGGUCCUGCUGGUUCACAGAUUGGAUGGCCACAACGCACUCUCUUACAUCUCCAUAUUUGUCCCCCUCUGGCUUUCGUUAAUAACUUUAAUGGCCACAACAUUUAGGCGAAAGGGGGGUAAUCAUUGGUGGUUUGGUAUUCGCAGAGAUUUCUGUCAGUUUCUGCUUGAAAUUUUCCCAUUUCUAAGAGAAUAUGGGAACAUUUCAUAUGAUCUCCAUCAUGAAGAUAGUGAAGAUGCUGAAGAAACAUCAAUUCCAGAAGUUCCAAAAAUUGCUCCAAUGUUUGGAAAGAAGGCUAGGGUAGUUAUAACGCAGAGCCCUGGAAAAUAUGUCCCCCCACCUCCCAAGUUAAAUAUCGAUAUGCCAGACUAAAUCUUCCUCUAGGGAGGGCCCAUCGUGGAAUAGAAACCAUAUGCACACCCAAAUAUCCACCUUGCUUUGGCCCCUUUGUUUAUCCAUCAAACUUGGAACUGAAAAUGGGCUCCAAACACCGUCAUCUCAUGCCUUGUUCGUGAUUGAUGCCUAUCAGUGACUCAUUAGUACGCACCAUAGAUAGAGGUUAUUUUAAUAUAUGGUUGUGUGCAGUGUGUACAUGUGUGGGAGAAACUGCUUCCCAGGUUGGUGCUCUUAAGAGCUAGCUGGGGACAGUAAGCUGAAUUGUUUUAGUAGGUCCUCAAAAGGAGUAACUACACAGCUGGUUUUUUUUUAAGUGCUCCUAUACCUAUGAAAAGUAUUGUUUAAAGAAGUAUUUUUAUACACUGCUAGUCUAAAAAUGUAUUUCAGUUUGUGCCUGUUGUAAUAUAGCAAGUGUAAAAAAAUCCCCUUUCGCACCACUUGUUUAUAAACCUCAUAGUUGUUACUUUCAGUGUUCCUACUGUUAGAAUAGUUUUUCUUGAGCUUUGCUGAUACUGCUCUUUAAUAGUCUAAUAGGUGAAUUUUUCUAAUGGAGUGAAUCCAUACAUAUAUAGUAUUUAUAUGAAUAUUUUAGCAGUGUAAUAUGCUGUAUUCUGGUUCUCUGCAGUACAAUGUAUUAUGUUAAAGUAUUUUUUUAAGUUUAUAUGUGAAGAUACAUGUCUGUUGCAGAUGUCCUUAAAGACUGCCUAAAACAUUAAUAUACCUAGUGUGGGAUCUUAUCAAAGUACUCGGCAUGACUGUAGAAAUUGAAAAUCCCAUGGAUCUUAAUAUAAAGGUGUUAAAUGAUGGAUGUCUGCACAGUUUUAAGAUCUCUCUUAGUGCCCAUUAGUAAAGAGAGGAGCCAUCGCUCUUUGGGAGCGAGUGGCAUGCCCUGGUGUGACACUGUUAUAGCACCUUGGAUUUUUCCCCACUGGUAGUAACAUCUCUUUAGACACAACCAAUAUAAGCAACAAGUGGUUUGUCCAUUUCCAAGACUCUGAGAAUAUUAGUUGGCCAUAAUAUAAAGCAUUCCUUGUCGAUGGAAGGCUGGAGAGAGUGGUCUUAACCAAAAAUAGCCAGCAGGAUCAGGUGUUAUUUUAAGGUCCAAACUUUGAUCUGUCAGCAACAGAUCUGUAAGCAAUUCAGGUUGGUUGGGUUUUUUUGUUUGUUUGUUUAGGUAAGUACAAUGUUUAUUUAGGUACUGGCAGUACACCAGGCAAUCAGAAGGGCAAAAGCCAGCUCUUGCAAGAGUAAAUGUUCUUCUGACUGAGAACAAACACUUUCAAAAAAAAGUUAAUCUAAAAAGGAGCAUAGAUGUUAUUACUGGGGAGAAUAUUGGAGGGAUCCAGUUUUAUUAGCAACUUAUUUAAAAUGAUCUAAAUUGGGUUCCAUGUGAAUUAAAUAAAUAACUCUACCCUUUGCCCUGGCCACGAGGCAAACCUUUUUGGUUUGGAGAAAAAGGUAAACCUAGAUUCACUAUUUUUGCCCUAGGUAGAACAUGUUCCAAUGAUAUACUCAGUGCACGUGCUAGCAACAAAUGCUAGCAUCAAAAGCCAGCCCUGGGAACCUGAGUGCCUGAAGGCCUGAGGGUGACCAUUGCUCAGCUUAGUUUAGUCGGCUGGGACAAAGCUGAGGUCUCUCUCUAUCACACACACUGUGGGUUUACACCAGCCAGCACUGUGGGAAGCAGCCCUGAGUGUUAGUGGAUGUAAUAUUUCAUAAACGAGGAUUCAUUCAUUCAUUUCCUCAACAAAUAUUUAUUGAGGACCUACCCUGAGCCAAGGCAUGGUGCUAGGCAGUGGGGAUACAGUGGGGAGAAAUUCAAAUGUGGCCCCUGCCUACGCAGAGUACACAGUGAGAAGCAUGUGCUGCACCUCCUUGUGACAGAGAGACAGUGCUUGUCACAGCAGCGCACUGUGGGAGGGAAUGAGCCAAGAGUGGUGGUGCAAAAAGCAUGAGAGGAUGCUGCUGGCCUCAGGAUGACCGUCCCCUAAAAUUUCAGUCCUAUCUGUGUUCUCAGGAGCCCAAUGCUCCCCAGUACCCCCUCCACUCCCUGAGACUAUCCAGAAGGCAUCGCGUACACGUCAGUAAGAAAGUGUAGAGGAGCAGGAGCUGCUGGAGGAAUUGGGAGGCAGGUUUAGGAUCACUAGCCCCUCCUGUUUACAGUUUCAGGCUAGGGGCUUGGUGGCUCCUGGGGCACUCCCCCUAACUGUGAUGGGUUCUUCACACCCACCUAGCCCACCUUACCUGUUCUGCCCCAAGGUGUGUGUCUGGUGUUGAAAGGCCAAUAUCUGGAAUAUAACAACCUUUCUCACUCAGUAGGCCAUCUCGUCAGGCCUCUCUCCUGCCUCAACCACUAGGCAAAAACAGCAUGAGUGACAGGCUGUAGAAAGUUGUUUGUCUGUGAAGUUGAUACAACCUCACCUGUGCCUAGGGAUUCACCUAAUUGCCACGCAACACUGUCCACAAUGUUUAGCAUGUAUCAAGUUUUGUAACUAGUUUCUCCUAUAAAAUGGUCAGUCAGCUUUUGCUGCAGAAAUCUCAGUGGACUGCAACUACAAAUUCUCAUUCUGAGGUCUACAAGUUGGCUUCUGCGUUACACUCCAGGCCGGGUCUGUCCCGGUCUGCUCCACAACUGUCCUGUAUUCUGGGUCUCUGGCUGAAGGAGCAGCAUUCCCUGGGCUGUGUUCUUUCUGAUGGCAGAAGCAGAAGCUGAGCCAGACCAUGCAAGCACACGUGUAGCCUCUGCAUAGGGGGCUGUCAGCCCCUGAAUUUACCAUGUUACAAGAUCAUUCUAAAGGAAUCACAAAAUUUAUGGUAGAUUGUUUUUUCCCCUCUGUUUUAAAACUCUUAAUUUUUAAAAGUUGUUACCAUUAAAAGCAAUGUGAGGAGGAUUUGAGGUGUCCUGUGGAAGACCCUGCCUUCAGACCCCUCAGUAAACAGUGGUGAAGCCCUGGAGGCUCCACACAGGACAGUUUUAUGAAAGUGCUGUAGUCUGAGGAUUUCUGCAGUGGGCUAUGCAGGGUGCUUUGGAAAGGUCAAGGCUGGGUGCAGGGAGACUAGGAAGCAGCAGAGUGGAGCCGGGCCAGGGCAGCAGCAGCCCAUCACACCCUCCCUCUCCAGGGCUCUCCCUCAGCAGAGGAUGCUGUGGGGAUACAGGCAGCUCACAGAUGGACGGAAAGGCUGGGAGCCCAGCAAGCACACAGGUUCCAUUUUGUGCUGUUGGGAACCCAGUCAAGGUCAUACUUCAGAGACCAUUUGAUGAGGAUGCCUCAGCUGGUGCCUCCAAUGUCACUGGCCUCAUGACACUGCUACCAGUGACACCCCACUGUCAGGAGUAAGCCCUCAACCUUCUACCUUAAGGGAGAGAGGAUACGAUUGGGUAAGUCUCAGGUCUGUGUUCAUUCUAUAGAUUCCUAAACUCAAGAAGAAAGAUUGGCUCCUCUAGCUCUGGUAGGAGGAGGCAGGACUCUGCCCAAACUCACUCGAUAGAGGAUUUGUCUGGAAAGGAAGGGAGUUCCAAUGCUUGGUAGCCAAGACAAUGAGGCAAGUCCACUGCGCCAUGCUCCUUAGCUGUCUAACAUAACUCUUCUUCCCGGGCGUGCAUCUCAAAAGUAAGUUUCCUAUCUCACACAAUACAACAGUGCUUCUAACAAAACAGCAGCUCAUCCUUCCCCUAAGGGAAUAGGGAGGCAACCCUAAGCUGCUUCAUCAUUUACUUCUUCCAGCUCCAUCUAGGAUAUUUAAUGGUGUCUCUUUCUCCCCUAGUUUUGUCAGGUUCUCUCUAUAUUCUAGAAUGUUAAAGUCAGCUGCCCUCCAAGUGUGGUCCAAGGACCCCCGGCGGUCUUCAGGGUCCUCCCUUUCCCAACUACACAUUUGGGGAGGCUGAUUGUCCUUGCCCAAGAUACCAUACUGCAACAGACUGAAUGCAGAAGCAGCUAGAGGAACGCAGCUGCCUUCUGCUGAGCCAGACAUGAAAGGUUUGCAGAAAUGCAGAACAAUACAACUCUUCUACUCAGUCAAUUUUUUUGGUUUGGAAAAUAUAGUUGUCACUAAAAA